AUGAAAAUGGCUCCGCAGAAUGCCGACGCAGAAUCUAUGCAAGUUCAGGAGCUCCCGGUGCCCCUGCUGGACCUGCAGAAGCCAGGGAGGACGGAGGCGGAGACACGGGACGAGACCGCCAGCGAGGGCUCCAUCGACCGCAUCCCCACGCGCCUGUGGGUGAUGCACGGGGCCGUGAUGUUCGGCAGGGAGUUCUGUUACGCCAUGGAGACGGCGCUGGUCACGCCAGUCCUGUUACAGAUCGGCCUCCCGGAGCAGUACUACAGCCUCACCUGGUUCCUGAGCCCCAUCCUCGGCCUCAUCUUCACUCCCCUCAUCGGCUCCGCGAGCGACCGCUGCACCCUGAGCUGGGGCCGCCGGCGGCCUUUCAUCCUGGCGCUCUGUGUGGGCGUGCUCUUCGGAGUGGCGCUGUUCCUCAACGGCUCUGCCAUCGGCCUGGCCCUCGGCGAUGUCCCGACCCGGCAGCCCAUCGGCAUCGUGCUCACCGUGCUGGGGGUGGUGGUCCUGGAUUUCAGCGCUGACGCCACGGAGGGGCCCAUCCGUGCAUACCUGCUGGACGUGGUGGACAGUGAGGAGCAGGACAUGGCCCUCAACAUCCACGCCUUCUCUGCUGGCCUCGGCGGAGCCGUCGGCUACGUGCUGGGCGGGCUGGACUGGACCCAGACCUUCCUGGGCUCCUGGUUCCGGACACAGAACCAGGUGCUGUUCUUCUUCGCGGCCAUCAUCUUCACGGUGUCCGUGGCCCUGCACCUGUCCAGCAUCGAGGAAGAGCAGUACAGUCCCCAGCAGGAGCGCAUCGGGGACCCAACCAGCACGCCGGCCCCCGGCCCCCGCGCCUGCGUGCUGGACGGCGGCGCCCUGUUCCCAGACGAGGUGCAGUCGGAGCACGAGCUGGCCCUGGACUUCCUGGAGGAGGGCCUGGUGCGAAGCAAGAGCGACUCGGUGCUGCACGUGCGUGAGGCCACACUGGGCCUGGAGCCCAAGCUCUUCCUGCAGGACAUCGAGCCCUCCAUCUUCCAUGACGCCUCCCGCCCCGGCACCCCCUGCAGCACCAGCCAGGAGCGCGCCCCCAACCAGCCGCCCCGCCAGCCCCCGCCACUCCGCGCACCCGCUGGCGAGGAUGAGACCCUGCUGGAGGACCCCCUGAGCAUGGCCAGGCUCCCAAACGGGGGCGGCGCGGGGCUGUGGGACGGCCCAGGGAGCUACAGCCGGGCAGCCCUGAAGGCCCCCGCCACGGUGGGCCCUGCCCGCCGGCGCCGGCACGUGUUCCGCCGGCAGGCCUCCAGCACCUUCUCCUACUACGGCAAGAUCGGCUCCCACCGCUACCGCCACCGGCGCGCCAACGCCGUGGUGCUCAUCAAGCCCUCGCGCAGCAUGAGCGACCUGUACGACCUGCAGGCGCGGCCGCGGCAGCACCGCCACCGCCACCAGAGCGGGGCCACCACGUCCAGUGGGGACUCGGAAAGCGAGGAGGGCGAGGGCGAGACCACCGUGCGGCUGCUCUGGCUGUCCAUGCUGAAGAUGCCCCCCGAGCUAGUGCGCCUCUGCCUCUGCCACCUGCUCACCUGGUUCUCUGUCAUCGCCGAGGCCGUGUUCUACACCGACUUCAUGGGCCAGGUCAUCUUCGAGGGGGACCCCAAGGCUUUGUCCAACUCGACGGAGUGGCAGGCCUACAGCGCGGGCGUGAAAAUGGGCUGCUGGGGCCUGGUCAUCUACGCGGCCACUGGUGCCACCUGCUCAGCCCUGCUACAGAAGUACCUGGACAACUACGACCUGAGCAUCAGGGUCAUCUACGUGCUGGGCACACUGGGCUUCUCCAUCGGCACAGCCGUGAUGGCCAUGUUCGCCAACGUCUACGUGGCCAUGAUCAUGAUCAGCACCAUGGGCAUCGUCUCCAUGAGCAUCUCCUACUGCCCCUACGCCCUGCUCGGGCAGUACCACGACCUCCGAGAGUAUGUGCAUCACAGCCCCGGGGCGUCCAGGCGUGGCUUCGGCAUCGACUGCGCCAUCCUCUCCUGCCAGGUCUACAUCUCCCAGAUUCUGGUGGCCUCCGCCCUGGGCAGCGUGGUCGACGCGGUGGGGACCGUGCGUGUCAUCCCCAUGGUGGCCUCCGUGGGCUCUUUCCUGGGCUUCCUGACGGCCGCCUUCCUGGUCAUCUAUCCAGAGGUGUCCGAAGAGGCCAAGGAGGAGCAGAAGGGCCUGUCCUCCCAGCCACUGGGCGAAGGCGCGAGCGGCAGCGCCGAGAAGCCCACGGUGCUGAAGCUGUCCCGGAAGGAGGGCCGGCAGGGGCUCGUGGAGACCGAGUCGAUGGUCUGA